AUUGCGGGUCAGCGGUCGGGGCAUCGCCCUUCGGUCUCUGAGCUGCGGCCGCAGCCGCAGCGGGGACCCCGGGCAUCGUCAGCGGGAGAGAGCCGGGGGAGGGACCCGCCCGGGAGGCGGCAGCGGGCGCCAGCUGGUGCCUCUGCGCCCCUGACCCCAGGGACAGGCAGCGCUUUGGGUUGUUUCUUGGGGUUGAGUUUGGGCACAGCCAGCGCGUGUGUGUGUGCCAGGAGCUCCCCAGCGAGCUGCCUGGAAGUGGUGCCCUUACACCGACGGAAAGGCAUCAGCUGCAGCUGGAGUCGCUCCGGACAGCAAUACCCCAUGCCGCUGAAACAACCAGAGAAGAGCCCAGUUCCCCCAACAUCCCAGAUUCUGGGUCUCAGUGACAUUUUAAAAGCUCCCCAUGAAGUGCGACUGUCUGGGUGCCGCAGAAGGUGGCUCAAAGAGACUGAUUCAGCCUAUGUGAGGCUGGCAAAGCAAGGAGACCAACCUGACCUACUGAAGCACUACACUCAUGUGGUGACGAAGUGCCCUCCAGCAGCAUAUGCUGCACCUGACUGGUACUCACACUGUGCCAAUCCUGCAGCGAUUGAGGAGCCACGGUAAGACUGCUGAGGCCUAGCACAUCUUGGCCUCUCUCUUCACCUAUUAACAUUUCAGAAUGCUUCUGUACUAAAGUGCAGGAUUUGUAUACCUUGUACAAACACACGUUAAAUCUUUGCCUACAGGAGCUGUGUUUCCUCUCUACCAGAUUAUAUGGUUCACAGAGAGUUUAAGAAUGACGACCAUCAUGGUAACAGUUACGAGGCA